AGUCUGCGAACUCAACCGAACCGACAACCAAACCAAAAACAGCGCAAAAUGUUUGCCAAAAUUGUUCUCUUUUUCGGUCUGAUCGUAGCCGCCGUCUACGGUAAGCCGGUGAUUCCGUUGGCAUACUCGUCGCCGCUCGUGGCAGCGCCCUCGGUGGCGGUCGCAUCUUCUCCAUUCGUAGCACCGUAUGCAGCCACCGCUGCCUAUGCUGCUGCUCCGGUUGCUGCCGCUUACACUGCCUCACCUUACGCCUACAGCGCAUAUCCUUUUGCUGCUUACGGUUCGCUCCUGCUGUAGAAAUGCUGUUACUCAGAUUCCGAUAAGCAGCUAAGACUCUCGCUGAUUUGCGGUUCAUUCAUCAUGUUUGGAAAAUAAAUAUUUGUUGCACCUCAAC